GCACGAUAAACGAUCGUAUCGCGCUGAGUUGGAUUGUGACUCUUGAGCAUAUCGGUCGCUCUUCUUAAUAGGAGACACGCGGUCACCACAGAAACAAACCUUGAUUUUCUCGAUUCCACGAAAGUCUUUUGUUGUUUUGAAAAAGCUGCUUUGACGUUUAGCGUUGAUUCAACAAAAAUUAUGAUUUUCAAAUCAACAAAACGUUUUGUUGAUUCAAAUAUGCCUUAUUUUUCUGCGUGAACGGAACAAUGUGUAAAGGCAAACGUUUGCAUCUGACUGUUUCAAAUUACCACCGAAAAUUUGGACCGAUAUUUCGGAUUAAAAUAUCCCAGGCAAAUGCGGUGUUCAUAAAAGAUCCGGAAAUGAUGAGAAGUGUGUUUGUUUAUGAGGGCAAGUAUCCCAAACAUCCGCUACCUGAGUCUUGGACAUAUUUCAACCAAAAACACAAAUGUAAACGUGGCUUGUUUUUUAUGGAUGAUGAGGAAUGGUUCAAGUAUCGAAAGUUACUCAACCCGCUGAUGAUGCGUGAUACUGACUGGAUGGUUUUACCAAUACAACGAAUGUGUGAGAAAGCUGUUCAGAGCUUAUCUGAAGGAGUUACUAAAGAUAACCCAUCAUACGAAAUCCAAAACAUCGAGUCUACACUCUAUAAAUGGUCCAUUGAAGUUAUCCUAUGUAUCAUGCUAGGCAACUCGUACAACACAACGAACAUGGCAAAAUUAAAUACCCUCGUUAAUGAUUUCUCACGCACAGUGCAUACAAUUUUCCAAUACAGUUCCGAGUUAAUGAUGAUUCCACCACAUCUGGCAGAUUGCCUGCAGCUAAGUGCAUGGAAAAAAUUCGAACGAUUAGUUCCAGAAACCCUAGCUUUAGCAAAUAAAAUUAUCGACAUUUCACUAGAUGAUAUUGAGCGUGGGGACGGAUUGCUGUCAAAAAUGCAGGAUUGCAUUGCAUCUCGAGACGACAUUAAACGAAUAUUUGCAGAUUUAAUUAUCGCAGCUGGAGAUACGGUGAGAAAACAAGAGUUUUAUACAGUCCAGACUCGAUUAUCCGAAGCCUCGAUUAUCUGAAGUUUCGAUUAUCCGAAGUUCGAUUA